GUCCCGGCCGCUCAGCCGGCUUCCAUGCGGUGCUCAUGGCUCUCUACGAGCUCUACUCUCACCCGGCCGAGCGCAGCUACCGCGCGGGGCUCUGCUCCAAGGCCGCGCUGUUCCUGCUGCUGGCCGCGGCGCUCACGUACAUCCCGCCGCUGCUGGUGGCCUUCCGGAGCCACGGGCUUUGGCUGAAGCGGAGCAGCUACGAGGAGCAGCCGACCGUGCGCUUCCAGCACCAGGUGCUGCUGGUGGCCCUCCUGGCACCCGAGGGCGGUGACUUUCUGGCCUGGAGCACGUUCCCCGCUUUCAACCGGCUGCAGGGGCAUCACCUGCGCAUCCCUCUGAUUUCGACUAGAGAAGAAGACAGGAACCAGGAUGGGAAAAUGGACCUGUUACAUUUUCACCUGGAGCUUCCCCUGCAGUCCACAGAACAUGUGGUUGGUGUACAGCUCAUCCUGACUUUCUCCUACCAGUUGCAUAGGAUGUCGACAUUCGUGAUGCAGACCAUGGCGUUCCUGCAGUCCUCCUUCGCUGUCCCCGGCUCCCAGCUGUACGUGAACGGAGACCUGCGCCUGCAGCAGAAGCAGCCCCUGAGCCAUGGCGGCCUAGACGUCCGCUACAACGUGUCUGUAAUCGAUGGAAGCAGCCCCUUUGCCUCUGACUACGACCUCACCCGCAUCGUGGCUGCCUACCAGGAAAGGAACGUAACCACCAUUCUGACUGACCCCAACCCCAUCUGGCUGGUGGGAAGGGCAGCCGAAGCUCCAUUUGUGAUUAAUGCUGUUAUUCGGUACCCUGUGGAAGUCAUUUCUUAUCAACCAGGGUUCUGGGAAAUGAUAAAGUUUGCCUGGAUCCAGUACGUCAGUAUCCUGCUCAUCUUCCUCUGGGUGUUCGAAAGAAUCAAAAGAUUUGUGUUUCAAAAUCAGGUGGUGACCACAAUCCCUGUACCAGCAGCACCCCAGGGACAGCUGUAUAAGGAGCACUAUUCAUGAAAAAGCCAUUUCUG